AUGUCUAAUGUACCACCAAGCUUAAAAAAUAUUUCACAAUAUAUUAAAUUAUCAAAAGAAUAUGUUACUAGAGAUCCCGUGAUUUAUUAUUGGUGUAUUUUAUAUUGUGUUCAACAAGGUUUAAAAUGCCCAAAAUCUCCAGAUGGUGAUAAAUACUUGGGAUGUUUAUUAUCAAUUUUAGAAAAGAUGAAGAAAGAUUUUAACACAACAGAAUCUAUAAUACAUUCAAUUGCUGGUCAAGCACAUAUUGAAGAAAAUGCAUAUAAACUUUUUGAAUAUGGUGAUAAACAAGAUAGACAAGGUGUUUAUGAUAUGAAAGUUAUUAAAUCAUUUUAUACAAGUGGUUUAUUAUUUGAUAUAUUAACACAAUUUGGUGAAUUAGAUGAAAAUAUUGCUUCAGCUAGAAAAUAUGCUAAAUGGAAGGCUACCUAUAUAAAUAAUUGUCUUAAAAAUGGAGAAACUCCAGUACCAGGACCACCAAAUGGAUCAAAUGAUGAAAUGGAUGAAUUAGAAAGAGAAUUACGAGGUCUAACACAGGGUAAUGGUGGUAGUACAGCAAACAAUUUAAAUCAUGACCCCAACAACUUUAAUAAUAAACCACUACCAUCUGCACCAACAUCAGCACCAGAUUUGGCUAAUAUACCACUAAACAAUGGUGCAUUAGUUCCACCAUCCUUAAAUUCAUAUCCCAGUGCACCAGUUAAACAACAAUACUCAUCAGAAAAUGAUCUUUUAGAUUUUACAAACGCUAAGAAGUUUGCCAAGUAUGCUAUAAGUGCAAUGGACUACGAAGAUAAAAAUUCAGCAAUCGAUAAUUUACAAAAAGCGUUAGCUAUACUAAAACACUAG